AUGCGUCAAGGCCUUCGCUCUUUUGAGAAAAGCCAACAAAAUUGUAUAUUAUUGUGCGGGACAGAUAUAUACAUUCACCACGGUUUCUACAAAACCAAAAAUAUAUUAACAAAAAACAAUCAUCCAAUUAAAAAAAGCAACCACUUUCAUAUUAUAAAAGGAAAUAUGAAACUCUGGAAUGUUGAGUUGAACAUUUGUCAGACAAACCAUGCAGAAGAACUCAAGAAAGUGGAGGGAAAGCGAGGUAUCGUUCUGAUAAGCAAGAGGAAGCAAUGGACGCAUUAUAGUACUUUACAAGUAGAUGUCAUUGUUUUAUUUUGGAGGGAAGGGGGUAAAUAA